AUGUCGGCCUUCUGCAGCCUCUGUCAAAGGUCUUUCAAAGACCACAGAAGUUUAGAACAACAUGUCAAUAAUUCAUCGAUUCACAAGAAUUCUAUUCAAAGCAAAUCCAAUGUUUUCCAUCCAGUGGGAUCCAACCAUACAAAUUCUGGACAAACGCCAUAUCAACAGGCAACUCCUUCUCAAUCCAUCCAAAUGAAUCACUGUCAACAUAAUGGCGCGUCUUUAAAUUUGAAUCAUACGGUUCCAGACGGAUAUUAUCAACUUCUGACUCCAAUUAUCUCCACUUACACUCCAACCCAAAUUCCUAGUUUUACUGUCGCGAUGAUUGUACCAGUUGUAGAAUCACUCUGGUCAACGUUUCAUGAAUCUGAGUCUCGGAUGGUGCUAGACACAUUAUCUUCACAUUGUCAUUCGCGAGAAGAUCUCCAAUUUAACAAUUACAUUAUGCAACUAUAUAAUAAGUCGGAUUAUGUCGAUUCUCGAAAAUGCAAGCGUUUUCGAGAACUAAGAAUUGAUUACGAAAAGCCAUGCACCUUUCAUCCAUACAAGCGUAACAAGUGGAAUGUCAGAAAGCCUUACAAAUGCUGCUGGAUCAACGGAAGCGAGCCAGGCGCCCACGGUUGCCAGACUUUGCCAAUACAUGAUUUCCAAUUUCCCUUGAGAUCAUUCAGACACCAGGACUUUCAACAGACCCCAGCUGCUUCUAAUGAACCCAAACAUCUGGCGGUUGUCAUCGAUUGUGAAAUGGCAGGAGUAGCCAGUGGUGGUGGUGGUGAAGCGAUCUUACUCUGCGCAGUCGACUUCGUUUCAGGUGCAGUGAUUCUUAAUGAUCUCAUAUGUCCGAAAGAGCGCAUUAACGAUAUGAGAUCAUCCAUCCAUGGCAUAAGUAUACACACUCUCAAUGAAGCUGUCUCACGAGGUCAGGCACUGGAUGGUUGGGAAGAGGCUCGAUCCAAGUUGUGGGAACUUAUUGAUGCUAACACAAUCCUUAUCGGUCAUGCUUUGGAAAAUGACUUGGAUGCGCUAAGAAUAAUACACCCCCGUAUUGUGGACUCCGCGAUUCUUGCAAAAAAAGAAGUUGGCUUCAAUCGAACUUGGGGGUUGUCAACAAUGUGCUCCGAACUUCUCAAGUUAGAGAUUAGAAAGAACAAAGGUGCCAUUCACGACUGCUUGGAGGAUGUUCUAGCUACACGAGAAGUUGUGAUAUGUUGUACGCAGAACAAGAAUGCUUUUCAAACCUGGGCCAAAGUUAAGGAGAUUGAGGAAACGAAGUUGCGGAAAGAACGAGAAGAGAAACGAGAAAUCUCACGCAAAAAAGAAGAAGAAUGCGGAGUAACUCAAGAUAAUUGA